AUGGCCAGGCUAAACCGAACAAACGCCGGCGUCUCGAACACGCUACGCGAAGGAUACGAGUCGGUGGACAAUAACUCAUCCGUUGGAGAAAGCUCAUACGAUUCAUCGAGCCAUGUCAAUCGGCAUGAUCGUCUAGGGACGGGCCCUCAGCGACCCGAUUCCUACCUUUCCAGCAGCGAUGAGUCCUCCGCAGAAGACGAUGCCAAUGUCAAGCUGCUCCCUCUAGAAAAGACCGGAAAAUCUAGCACACGACGCGCCCGACGACACAUUGCAACGAGUCCCGACUCUGCGAGUUCUUCAAGCCCCCUGCCCACCGAUGAACACGGCGAACCGAUUGACGUGACCAAAGCCAUCGAUCAGGUCCUGCAGAAAGAACACAAUAUCCUAUCGGAAUCAUUCGAUACAGAUCUUGAAGAUGGUGGAUCGCAUCUUGUCCUGAGUGACGAUGAGAGCGACGGCUAUGGCAGAGGCAAGAAGAUUCAAAGGGAACAACGUCCUGAACAUGCGAACCACAGCCGGAAGUCGGGAAUACUGGGCUUGUUCCAUAUCAAGACAUGGUGGCAUGUUUUCCCACUGGUUGCGAUUGGAUUGCUGGUGAUGUGGCUGGCAAUGAAAGGGCUGUCCUGGUGGAGUGGUAGGAGGGCUACUGCUAAUGAAUAUGCCUCGAUCCCAUGGUACCCCACACCGCGCGGAGGCACGAGUGCGCGGUGGAAAGAAAGUUAUACGAAAGCGCAUGAUCUUGUUCAGCGGAUGGCGCUGGUGGAAAAAGUCAAUAUCACCACAGGCACGGGAUGGGAGAUGGGUCUUUGCGUGGGAAAUACUGGCCCUGCUGAAUGGGUGCAAUUUCCAUCGCUCUGUCUACAAGAUGGUCCUCUCGGCCUCCGUUUUGCAGAUAACAUUACUGCAUUCCCCGCGGGCAUCACCACCGGGGCAACUUGGAACCGCGACCUGAUGCGCGAGCGAGGAGCUGCCCUGGGCCGAGAAGCCCGUGCGAAAGGCGUCAAUAUUCUCCUUGGUCCUUCAAUGGGAGCUUUGGGAAUGAUGCCCGCAGGUGGGCGAAAUUGGGAGGGAUUUGGGUCGGAUCCCGUCCUUCAGGGUGUCGCUGCGGCGGAGACUAUUCGCGGCAUCCAACGCACCGGAGUCAUGGCGACAGCUAAACACUAUUUGCUGAAUGAGCAGGAGCAUUUCCGUCAACAAAAUGAAUGGGGUCGUGCAAAUGCGCUCUCCUCCAACGUCGAUGAUCGUACAUUGCAUGAAGUGUUUAUCUGGCCAUUUGCCGAGAGUAUACGGGCCGACGUGGCAAGUAUCAUGUGCUCCUACCAGAAAGUCAAUAACAGCCAUGCUUGUGAAAAUAGCAAACUGCUUAAUGGUAUCCUCAAAGACGAGCUUGGCUUUCAAGGAUUUGUCCAGUCAGAUUGGCUGGCUCAGCGAUCUGGCGUGCAGAGCGCUCUUAGUGGCCUCGACAUGAGCAUGCCCGGCGAUGGUGCAAAUUGGGCGGAUGGGGACUCAUUCUGGGGCUCUCGCUUAACGCAGGCUGUCUUGAACACCUCUGUGCCCACAGACCGACUUAACGACAUGGUCACUCGCAUUGUUGCUGCCUGGUAUCAUUUUCGCCAGGAUACAUGGAAAAAGCCUCCGCCAUUUGGCCAGGGUGGACCGAACUUCUCUUCCUGGACCUAUGACAAACUGAGUAGUUUGCACCCAGGCAGUGAAGACGACAAGACACACCAGGUGGUUAAUCAAUAUGUCAACGCACGAGGCAGCGGGCCAACAUUGAACUCCCAUGCCGAGACUGCCCGAAAAGUGGCUGCAGAAGGGACUGUUCUCCUGAAGAAUGUGAACAACACGCUUCCACUGUCACGCAGUCCAUCUGGCCCCAAGGAAAAGUAUCGGGUAGGUAUAUAUGGUGAGGAUGCUGGCUCCGGCCGUGGUCCUAAUGCUUGUCCUGACCGAGGUUGCAAUCAAGGGACAUUGGCAUCGGGAUGGGGCAGUGGAGCAGUAGACUUUCCAUACCUGGUCAGUCCAUGGGAAGCUCUUCAGUCGGCUUGGUCAUCGGAUACUGUGGAUGUUCGAGGGUACUUGACGAACAGUGUUGCCUUGGAGGAUCUGAGCGAGCAGGAUCUCUGUCUUGUGUUUGCGAAUUCAGAUGGGGGCGAAGGGUUUAUCCGCAAUGAUGGGAUCGACGGAGAUCGCAACGACCUCUUUCUUCAGCGCAAUGGCACUCAAUUGGUGCAGUGGGUUGCUAACCAAUGCGGUGGAGGCCAAGGCAGAACGGUCGUAAUAGUCCACUCUAUUGGCCCUGUUGUGCUCGACCCCUGGAUUGAUUUGCCUGGUGUACACGCAGUUGUCUACGCGAAUCUCCCAGGACAGGAAAGUGGGAAUGCUCUGGUCGAUGUGCUAUUUGGCGACAUUGAUGCCAGUGGCCGACUGCCUUAUACCAUCGGGCGAUCUUUGGAGGACUAUGGACCGGGUGCCCAGGUCCUCUACGAGACUGGGGAUCAACAGCCAGAAGUGAACCUCAACCAAGGCCUCUAUAUUGACUACCGAUACUUUGACAAGUACAACAUUACCCCGCGUUAUGAAUUUGGCUUUGGACUGUCUUACACAUCCUUUGACAUCUCGAGUUUGCACAUCAAACCUCUGCAAGAGAAGUCUAGGCUUCCCGAAGAACGCCCAGAUAACCAAGCCGAUCCACCACAGUACGACGACAGGUUGCCAGCUGAGUCUUCGACCAGGUUUCCGGAAGGAUUCAAAGCGCUGUCUAAAUACAUCUAUCCUUACAUCCGGGACCCGUCCGGUACUCAGCCUGGCUCCUUCCCUUAUCCAGAUGGAUACAAAAAUCGUCAGCGUCCCUCUCAGGCUGGUGGCGGACCUGGCGGAAACCCGUCGCUAUACGAGCCAAUGCUUGAACUAUCAGUCACGGUCGCCAACACAGGUCGCCGGGCAGGUAAAGAGGUCGUACAAAUCUACGUCUCAUUCCCCGAGCGCGUCGCUGAACAUCGCGGACUAGGCUGGUCUCGCGAGGAAAUCGAGUUCCCCGUCCGUGUUCUGCGGAACUUCUCCAAGGUUUCCUUGAACGCCGGUGAAGCAACUGUUGUCACGAUGAAGCUUUCUCGGAAAGACCUGAGCUACUGGAGUGUACGUGAGCAGAAUUGGGUUCUACCCACGGAAGGCACGUUCAAGAUUUGGGCUGGGAGGAGUUCGCGGGAUUUGCCACUGGUGAAAGAGUUCUAA